CGGUGCCCUGCCCGCCCCUCAGCCCAGGACGUCGAGGCCUACCUUGCUGUGCCGUGGGUCCCGCAGGUUUGGGCAUCGCAAAGAGGCACCUCAGAUGAGAGGAGUGAAACAAGAAGAGUGAUCUGACCAAGGCUGAUCUGACUAAAGCUUGUUACAGAGCACUGCUCCCAAUUCCUAGAAAAUAAAGAAGACUCUGAAAUUGUCUUGCUUCAUGGAAUAAACCAAUAUUUGAUUGUGAGUAAAGGAAGAAAUAUUCCCCAGAGGCAUCACAGUGUGUGACUAUCUACGCCCUUCUCUAUGGAGUUUUCUGGAGUAUCCAGUGUCAGAACCAAGAUCCAAGACUAGAUAGAUUCCUGAUCUUGGCCAGUCCAACAGUGUGUGUGCUUCUCAGUGUACUGUCAUGAAAGAUUGUUCCAGAUCUGGGAAAAUGACUUUGCUGGGCCUUUCCAGUCUCGCCACCCAUCAUUUCAAAGGAUGGAGUUUAUCAGGAGCCUGCUAAAUACUUCUCUGAUUUGAAAUGCCUAUUGGCUGUCACUAAGGACAGUAUCUAAUUUCAAUACAAAGCCAAGUGGUUGGACUUUGUAUUUUAAAACUUGACUGGGCCUCCUCACCAAUGACUUUGGUCAGCUCAGAUUUCUUUGCCUGUAAUUGCCAACCCCAAAUUUUAUAUCUGUUUAUUGGCAGGUGUACCAUUCUUUAAGGAUCGUUGUCAUGGUGCUUAAGGUCUUCUUUCCUUUGUGCUGCUCCUCAGCAGAAAGUGGCAUUUUGAUCGGCCGUUGGAUCUCAGAACAGAACUCUGCUGUUAUCCUUGCAGUGGUCCAUUUCCCUUUUAUUCCUGCCCAGGUGAAGCAAUAUCUCAGUGAAGUCCAGCAGGUGACGAAGAUCAAUGUUUCUGUGCUUGGCUCAUGGAGCAACAGCAAACAGGAGAAAGAAGAGAGUCUAAGUGAGUUCUUAGGAGACCUUGGGACAAUAUUUCCCCAUGAGCCAUGGAUUCAGAUAAGCAAAGAGAGAGACAGCACGUUUUGGAGUUGUUCUACCCUUCAGAAACAGUCUAACAGUCCUAAGGAGGAAGAAGAAGUCGUCUUAGUAUAUUAUGACCAACGCAAAGUCAUGCUUUCCCAUCUACAUCCCCCAGUAGACACAACUACCUCCACUGACCAUAAGGCAGAUAAUGCUUCCAAGCUCGCUGCCAUAUUUGACACAGUUGCAAACAGCAAGAUACUGUUCAUGACAGACAGAUAUGAUGAUGGGCCCAUCAAGCUGACCCACUGGCAGUCAGAUGGAGUUGAAGCUAGCAUCAUUGUGGAGCUAAUAAAGCAGGCCUCUGUGCCUGCAUGCAUGCUGUUGACUUUCCUGCUUUCGCUUAUCUCUGUGAUCUGUAAGAGCAGAAUGCUGAAGUUUUGGCCUUUAUCUUUCUUAUGGAGUAAACUCUCAACUUCAGAGCAGUUGGGACAUCGGCUGCAGCACCUCCAGGUCAUCAGCAGCAACAAGAAGGCUCAAAACCAGAUCCAACUAAUGAGGAAAGCCAACAUCUUUGUCUCACUGCUGAUUGAUGUGGCUCUGGGGAUACUGCUAAUGUCCUGGCUGUACAGAAAGAAUCGGAUUGGCCACCUUGCUGAUGCUCUUAUCCCUGUGGCUGAUCACAUAGCUAAAGAGCUCCAGGACCUGCUCCAGUGGCUAAUGGGAGCACCAGCUGGACUGAAAAUGAACCGAGCUUUGGAUCAGGUUUUGGGUCGUUUCUUCCUUUACCACAUCCAUCUUUGGAUUAGCUACAUUCACCUGAUGUCUCCAUUCAUCGAGAUGAUCCUCUGGCAUGUUGGUCUGUCAGCUUGUCUGGGCCUGACUGUGGCUCUUUGCAUCCUCUCUGACAUCAUUGCACUUCUGACCUUCCACAUCUACUGCUUCUAUGUCUACGGAGCCAGGCUCUACUGCUUGAAAAUUUAUGGCCUGUCGUCUCUCUGGCGCUUGUUCCGUGGGAAGAAGUGGAACGUCCUCAGACAACGGGUAGAUUCCUGCUCCUAUGACUUGGACCAGCUGCCAGUUCUGGUAAAACAUGGAGGAACAAAAACACUUUUCAAAUUGCUGCAGAAUUGCCUACCAAAUUUCUACUUCUUUCUACCCUUCCAUCUUUUUCAGUUAUUUAUUGGCACUUUGCUAUUUACAAUCCUGCUGUUCCUUCUGCCUACAACUGCACUGUAUUAUUUGGUGUUUACCCUGCUCCGUUUGCUGGUGGUGGUUGUGCAAGGCCUGAUACACUUGCUAGUCGACCUCAUUGACUCUCUGCCUCUUUAUUCAAUCAUCCUUCGGCUCUGCAGAUCCUACAGGCUUGCAGCUGGUGUAAAGUUCAGAGUUCUCGAACAGAAGCAUAGAAAACCUCUUCGACUCCUUAUGCAGAUCAACCCUCUAUCAUAUGGCACCGUGAUACAGACAUACAGGCUGCCAACUUACAGCUAUUACCCCAAGGACUCCUGGACAUCCCUCUGCAAGAAGCUGUUCUUUGGAGACCUGAUCUACCCUUGGAAGCACAAAGGAGAGAAGCAAGACUAAAGAAAGCAAAGGAGCCAAGCUUGAAAGACUUGGCCAGAAAAAAAUACUGAAUCCUAAUGCUUAGAGCCAGCACAGCUGCUGGAUUCCUUUAAUUAGAUUUUAGUAACAUGUGGGAGGGGCUCAAUUUUUAAAGGCAAGUAUUUUUAAACAUUCUUGUUCAAUUUUCUCCUUCCCCUACACUGUGUUUGAACUGAUUUGGUUUCCAGGCAGUUUCCUGUUCAUGCAGUGAUAUUCCACCCUAGAUUAUAACCUGUCUGCCUGUUGGCAUCAGGGAACAAUGAUCAUUUUUAAAGCGAAAGAUUAAGCCCAUCAGUGCCUCGUGGAACCAGCAUUUAGUGUAAUCGAGGAAGUAGUUCCUGAAUGGCUUGGUAAUUUAUAUAUCUUUCCAUGUAAAUUCACAGGACCAUAUUAAAACAGCCCUUGGGGUGGUUCAAAGCCAUAGUGUUGAGGCAUGUUAUGCCUCUGGGUAUUUUGGAUCUUUUGUGCUUCAGUAUUCAAGCCAGCUGAUCAAAACCAGCAAGGAGAAUCAGCUCUUAGAGCCACACACUGAAAACAGUACAGCUGGGUUAUCUGGGCUCCUAGGAUAUUUAUUCUUUUGCCUCUGGUUGGGCUUGGAUUCACCCCCGUUGCAGGAGCAGAGCAAGGUGCUGAGCAUAGAAACCACAGGGACUGGAGGCCCAGAAACACAGAAUGCUGUGCAUCUGAGCCUACAUGAGAGACAGAGGGUCUUGUCUACAUUUUCAAAAGCAAAUAGUGAUUUGAGGAAAGCUGAGCCUUAAGCUAGCACCAGAACUGGAAAUGCAGAGAGUGCAGCCUCAAACCCUAGACAGCUCAGGUGUAGGUGGCAGCUGAAGAGCUCUGUGCCCUACCAAGGUUCAGGGCUUCUUUGCUUAGUCGUGAUGUAAGGCAAACACAGCUUUGGUGAAUCCAGCCCCAGCUGGUGUGUGUACAAGAGGCCUGCAGCAACCUUGCAUGUUAUGUGGGUUGACCAGCUCAGGGAAGUGCGUGCUGCACUCCCUUAUGGGGUCACCACAUCCCUCUAUUUCUCAGGGCCCAGAUAAGAGCCUUUCAGUGUGGUGCCUCAUCUUUUGCACCUUCUGAAGCUUUUGAAGUUUACUCAGAUGAAGCAUUUGAAGCCACUUCUUACCCUGAAGAUGUAGACACAUUUCUCUCAGGAGAAUUUUCUUGCUUCAGAUACUACCUCCGCAGUACAACAGUGCUUGGCUUUUCUGUGUCCCGUUCUACUUGUAUAUUCAUUUUGAUGUCUCUUCCUCCUUCAGGGGUGUCUUCUAUUCUCUGUCUUGGGGAGGGUGCUCCUAUGCACUUGUGUACUGUUCCACUGUGUAUGUUAUUGCUGUGUAGACAUUUACAUACAGUUGUAACUUGGAAGUACACUUUCCCCUGCUCUGUUUGCUCCUCUUGCCCUGGCUUAAGCAGUGAUGUUGUAUCUCUACAUCCUGUUGCCACUUUGCACCCCUGAAGUGACUGCAUUAAUUGGCAGGUGAAAAGCCAUGCUGAAUCCUGCCCCCUCUUCCUCUGCCCCAGAGUGCGCUCGCGCGCUCUCUCUCUCUCUCUGUCUCUCUCUCUCUGUCUCUCUCUCUCUGUCUCUCUCUCUCUCUCCAAGGAAACCGAGGAGUAUGUGUGUUAUGUCUGCAUUGCUCAGCCCUUCUCUGGAGGGCUGCCUGUGUAUUCCAGCGUGACUAGAUCAAGGCAAGCCACAGCUAAUCUGCUGGAGCAAAAGGCCAUCAGUAAGAGGGACAUAUGAGGCUUUAGUAGCCUUCAGUCAGCACCUCCACUGGCAGGAUAACUGGAGGAGGAGACUUCUGCACUGUCCCAUGUACUCAUCCAUGUACUUGAACUUAACACAGGAUGGAAGGGGUUUAUGGUCCCAGGAAUGUAGGCUGCCUCAAUACAUCCCUGAUCAGAUAUAUUGUAUUUUUCUGUAGCUACUAACAGGCUCUCAUGGUACAGCUGCUACCUCUUCAGCCAUAGCUUGGUCAGAGCAAAAUGAAGCUCUGUAGGCAGGUUUUUGAUCCAGAUGUUCUUUAGCAGGCAAAUGCAGAAACUGUGAGGUUUUUACAGUUUUCUUAAGGAUGUCAUGAGGGGAGGUAAUAUUACACAGGCACUGCUACCAAAAGAAAAUUUCCUAUUUCUUUGAUCCAGAGGAAAAGGGAGUAUCAUUGAAAUAAACUAAUGUGGCAAAACCCCACCACCA